UUGACGAUUAAAGAUUCAACAAAAUGACCGAUUCGGGAGAUAAUUCUGAAACAGCAACUGUGGAUAUUAAAAAACAAGUCAAGGAAAUACUCGUGAUACAAGACGAAGGUUUCUUUGUACAUGAUACUGGGGACACUUACAAUGGUUCCUUUGAGGUGAAGAAGAAAGAUAGAAGUAUCAAAAUGCAUGGUCCUGGAAUUUACACAACCGCAGAAGGUGACGCUUACGCCGGUUACUGGGAGAACGAUAAGUUGGGCGUCAACGAUGAGGUGAUGAUAUCGUAUCAGGACGGCUCCAGAUACCAGGGUCUGCUGAAGGAUUGGAGCUACACCGGCCGCGGUAGAUACUACUACCCCGACGGCACUAUACUGCAGUGUGAAUUUGUUGACAACUGCCCUGUUGGUAAUCUGACUCUUAUAGAUCCCAAUGGACAUACUUGGCUGGGAAAAGCCGAACAUGGGUAUUGUUGGUUUCAACCCGUGAACCAUUUGUACGUUAUGUUGGAAACACGUAAACGGCGAUAA